AUCGAGUACAGUAAAUGCUCCAGUGGGAACUGAGACCAUUCAUGUGUUGUGUAGUGGCUCUGCUCUAUCCUACAUUAGUCUCAACACUAGACUGCUAAUAUCCAAAUAAACAGAAGUUUUCUUUGCUCACACAGAACUGGGGUAAGUUUCAAUACAUUUAAUAUUGAACCUAAGGUGUAACUUUCAUCAUCUGACGUGUCUUUUGUAACAUAUUGUAACAAUCUUGAGUGCUCUCAGCACUAUCCCCUUUAAAAAUUUAUUGUAACAAUCUUGAGUGCUCUCAGCACUUUCCACUUUUGUAACAUAUUGUAACAAUCUUGAGUGCUCUCAGCACUAUCAACUUUUGUAACAUAUUGUAACAAUCUUAAGUGCUCUUAGCACUAUUCCCUUUUGUAACAUAUUGUAACAAUCUUAAGUGCUCUCAGCACUAUCCCCUUUCGUAACAUAUUCUAACAAUCUUAAGUGCUCUCAGUCAGCACUUUUCCCUUUUGUAACAUAUUGUAACAAUCUUUAGUGCUCUCAGCACUUUUCCCUUUUGUAACAUAUUCUAACAAUCUUAAGUGCUCUCAGCACUUUUCCCUUUUGUAACAUAUCCUAACAAUCUUAAGUGCUCUCAGCACUUUUCCCUUUUGUAACAUUUUGUGACAAACUUGAGCGCUCUCAGCAUUAUUUAUUUUUGUAAGAUUAUUGUAACAAUCGUCAGUGCUAUAAGAAGUAUCGAAAUUGUAAGAUUAUACUAACAAUCUUGAGUGCUCUCAGCAAUAUCUACUUUUGUAAGAUUAUUGUUACAUUCUGAAGUGCUCUGAGAAAUAUCUACUUUUGUGAGAUAAUAGAGUGUUCUCAAGCAAUAUCUACUUUUGACCUAUGGAAUGACGAUUUCCUACAGAUAAAGUUUUUAUUAUCCUAGCCAGAUACAGAUCACACUCUCAUAACAUUCAUUUCACCACCAUAAUCGUACCUAGUGAUCACACUCAUCCAUUUCUUAAACCAUCACAAUGUUGCUACUGAUGUAUUCACCAAAGAACCAAAUUAAAAAUAAACAAUAAUCAUUAUAAUCACAAACUUACAACAAAAAAUCGUUUCCCAUGUACCGUCUAUAACAGGGGUAAAAAAAUAAAUCACUGAUAAGAAGAUAAGAAAGUCUAUUUGACCAUUUCAGUUUAAAGACAGUUUAAAGACAGCUGAAGACAGACGUAGGUAAAAUGUACUGGAUGCCUUUGCUUCUCACGGUGGCUGCAGCUGUCACUGUCACUUAUGUGAGUUUGUUAAUAAAUUAAAGUCUCAUGUGUGGUGUUUGUAAAUAGAAUACUGGUGUUGUGGCUUCCACUUCUUCAUAACACUGAUUUAAAAGAAGAAAUAACACAAAUGUGAUCCCUUUGAUUUUUAACAUGUUAAUUUAGGAGUAUAAUUGGUUGUGUGAUUUUAGUAACUACAGGUAAGAUAUCUUCAAAUUUACAUAAACUGUGUUAUAAACAUAAUAUUUUUUUAUAAACUUGUCAUUCGCUGACAGGCAGCUGUAGGGGCCACAUGUUCAAACAACGUCCAAUGUGGUCAAGGGGAAUGUUGCCAGAUCCUGAGUGAGUACAUGAUCAUGAGCAAGAAAAGACAACUAGAUUGGAUGACCACGACACCACCUUACCCAACAAGAGGCAAGUAGAUAAAGUACUAUAACUUGUGGAUGAACUUCUAUAACUUAUAGACGAAUCUCUAUGACUUUUAGAUGGAUCUCUAAGACUUUUAGAUGGAUCUCUUUAGAACUUUUAGAUGAAUCUCUAUAACUUUAAGAUGAAUCUCUAUAACUUUAAGAUGGAUCUCUAAGACUUUUAGAUGGAGGUCUUUAGUACUUUUAGAUGAAUCUCUAUAACUUUAAGAUGAAUCUCUAUAACUUUUAGAUGAAUCUCUAUAACUUUUAGAUGCAUCUCUAUAACUUUUCGAUGAAGAUAUAUUACUGAACGGUUAAGAUGCUUGGCUGGGCUUAGCAUUCAACUACCAGACCAUUGUUGGAUGGGCUUAGCUUUUAACUACGAGACCAUUGUUGGAUGGUCUUAGCUUUGAACUACCAGACCAUUGUUUGAUGGGCCUAGCUUUCAACUACCAGACCAUUGUUGGAUGGGCUUAGCUUUCAACUACCAAACCAUUGUUGGGUGGGCUUAGCUUUCAACUACCAGACGAUUGUUGUAUGGGCCUAGCUUUGAACUACCAGACCAUUGUGGGAUGGGCUUAGCUUUCAACUACCAGACCAUUGUUGGAUGGGCUUAGCUUUCAACUACCAGACCAUUGUUGGAUGGGCUUAGCUUUUAACUACCAGACCAUUUUUGGACGGGCCUAGCUUUCAACUACCAGACCAUUGUUAGAUAAGCUUAGCUAUCAACUACCAGACCAUUGUUGGAUGAGCUUAGCUUUCAACUACCAGACCAUUGUUGGAUGGGCCUAGCUUUCAACUACCAGACCAUUGUUGGAUGGGCUCAGCUAUCAACUACAAGUCCAUUUUUGAUGGGCUUAGGUUUAUAACUUUAAUCAUUAGUUUUUAAAAUCAUUAAUAUGUAUAGGAUUUCCCUUUCGAGAUGUUUUCAAUAUUUGGUAAAAUGAAAAAAAAAUAAUGAAAAAUUCCUCUUCUUCUUAUUUCCUUUAAUUUUUUCAUCAACCAUAUAUUUGUUAAUUUGGAUAUCAUUGCUGUGGAAAGACAUUUCAUUUUAGUCUUACGCCAAUUUUUAACAGUUGUGCCGGAGUUGAUUUUUGUAUGUAAACACCGGCUUUGACCAGCUUCACCAUCCAUUCACUGACAGAUCCAUUGACCUACUUUAUCCAUUUACUGACAGUUACCAUAACCUACUUCAUUUAUUUCCUGACAGGCACACUUGGAAGUUGUCAAAGAUACCAGCUUGAAGGAAGUUCUUGUAAUCCAUUUGACAAGAUUAACGGCUACUGCAGUUGUGAGCCCGGGACUCGGUGUGUGCAGCAUGAGUACCCUAUCACCUCCACCACCGAGCCGACCACAGAAGGACCAACGUCCACUACCCCACACCUGGCCAAACGUACCUUCGGCAGACCUGGUUAUGUCUGGUUCGCCAAGUGUGAGAAAUGACCAUCGAAUGAUAAAGAUUAUUAUCAUAAUUAAAGGAAAUUCCUGAAAAAAUUACUUAUCCCAAAACUGUUCAAA